AUGGCUACUGAAUAUUCUGAGGUAAACAAGGUAGUCCAGUUUUUCAUGAUCAUUACUGAAAAUCGUCAACAAGGAGAGCUUAUGUUACCAAUAAAGUUUGUGAGGAAACAUGGACAAGGUUUACCAAAUGUUAUAUGUCUAAAGACUUCCAAUGGAGAAAACUGGAAAAUAAAUUUGGUGAUGAAUGAUGGCAAAAUAUGGUUUGGACAAGGUUGGAAGGAAUUUGCACAGUAUUAUUCUCUAGGUUAUGGCCAUCUUCUCGUUUUUAAAUAUCAAAGACUUUCCGAAUUUCAUGUUGACAUCUUUGAUACUACUAGAGUAGAGAUAGAGUACCCUCCUAAAAGAGUUGAAGCUGAAAAAGAAUGUAGAACAAGUAAGAAGAGAAAAGCUAACUCUUCCUUUGAAUUUGGAAGCACUAGUUGUGCCAAAAAUAGCAAAGGAAAACAAGUGAAUACAAGACUUGAAUGCGCAAAAGAUUUCAAAACAUCUAAUCCAUCCUUUAUUCUUGUCAUGUGUACAACAAAGGUUGAAAGCCCAUUUCAUUUAACAAUUCCUUGUAAAUUUGGUAGGACACAUUUUGACUUAGAAAAGAAGAUAGGAGACAUUUAUUUUCGAGUGUUAGAUGAUGAAAGAGUUUGGCCUGCACGGUACAAAAUUAGGAUGAUCAAAGGAAAAACAAGGUUUGAUGUCACAAGUGGAUGGAUGAAAUUCUCAAAGAACAAUAAUUUGGAAGUCGGUGAUGUUUGUAAGUUUGAACUCGUUCUUAAAACAAAUAUGACUCUUCAAGUUCACAUCUUUAGAAAGACAAAUGAAGUCAACUUAGAUUGUUCAACAUAUGCAAAAUCUUCUCAACAAAAAGAUAAAGCUACUACUCAAGGAUAG